AUGUCUUCUGGCGGAGCGGCGCUCCAGCCCACCUUCCAAGGCCAUGUGGCGACGACGCAAGAUGCCCUCAUCUUGUUCGAGGCCUGCUUGCAAGGCCAUCUUUCACAUGUCCCCCGGAGACCGCAUGAUCGAGAACGAAGCACCCUCAUCAGAAGCGGUUCAAUCUUCAUCUACGAGGAAAACGCGUCCGGAAUCAAGAGAUGGACCGAUGGCGUUACCUGGAGUCCCAGUCGCAUCCUCGGAAACUUCCUAGUCUACCGUGAGCUCGACAAGCCAUUUCCACCGGGGGAGAAGAAGCGGGCAAUGAAGAAGCAGCAAAGGCGGCCGAGCCGACCCGGAGAGUCGUAUGCGAGAUCUGACGCCGGGUCUUUCUCAGACGGACAAUCUGGAUCAUAUGGCCCCGAACGUACCACCACGGCGGAACAGGAAAGACAACUCAUCGGUUCUUUGGUGGACUCGUAUGGCUUCAAACAAGACGGGCUGGUCAAAAAGACAAUGAGCGUAACCGUGCAAGGCGUCACCCAUCACCUGGUGUCUUACUAUCAUGUGAACGAUGUCCUGUCGAACCAACUGCGAACUCCAAGCCAGACGGAAAACCUGCAGUACAUUCGGCCGCGUGCAGAACUGACCACCAAGCAAAGCUUUCGGUCCCCAAUCGAGGAUGUUGACGAGCUGGAUAAUGCUCCCGCUCCGUAUAAUUAUCGCGUCAAUCCAGCAGGCUACAUUCAAGAUUACAACAAGCAGCAGUACUACUUACCCCAGAACUUCCCCCCGAUGCCGCAGCAGGCCGGUGCUCCUCCUUAUGGGAUGGGAGUACCCUCCAUGCCGACACCUUACCUGCAGUCACCCGUGACCACGCCUCAUUUGCAGCAGCAAAGGAACGACUACGGCCAGUACGACCAGUCGGCAUAUAAUCGAACUUAUGAUUCGUUGAAUAACUCCAUUCCCUCGUCAUCAAAGUCCAUUCCGGCGACUCCAACGACCAUGCCUUCAAUGAUAUCCGAUCGAGGCCAAUCUCAGCCAAGCAUGUAUCCUCCGAUAAAUAUGCAACGACCGAUCAACAACUUGAGCCCUGUGUCAGCGGAUCCCCGAAAUCCUGUGCCAUACCGACCGAGCCCGUACCCGGUCAAUACGAGUCCCGCGCAGAUGGAUCACACCCGUCAGAGCCAGCCUUCUCCCCAUGAGAUGAAGUAUGACGAUCGCCGGGAUUCAGGGAAACCGCAAUCUCAGCUAUAUCAAAGCCCGAGACAACCGUAUUAUCAGGAUGGAGCGGGGCAACCUAUUGCUCCGCCGCCAUAUCCUCAGCAGCCUCAAAUGGGUCAGUGGGCCGGGCAAAAUCCUACUCAACAAUAA